AUGGCCGUCGCCGUUGUCGUCGUCGGCCUCUCGCUCGCGGUCGUUGUCUCGCCCGUCGCCGCGGCCAUUGCGACCAUCUACCUCGAGGCCAACUACAGCGGCUUGUCGCUCGACCUGGACGUCUUUAGCGGCAACGCGAGCCUGCCGUGGUCGCUCGGUAUUGCGUCGUUGCGUAUCGCGCCAGGGUACGAGGUCGUGGGCUACGACGCACCGGCGUUUCAGGGCUACUACAUGGUCUGGGAUGAAGACGCGCCGUCGCUCGGAUCGCUUUGGUUGUCGCGCAUCCUGUCGUUCAAGGUUCGCAGCGCCACGAACGACCUCUUGCUGUCGCCCAACAACCUCCAAAACGUCGUCAAUGUCUACCAAGCGAGCAAUUUUUCCGGGCAACGGCGGUCGCUGCACCUCGGCAAGGCCACGUUCAACUCGCCACUGGCGCGCGCCGUCAUGUCCAUCAAGGUCACCCCGGGAUACCUCUUUGUCGCGUACGACGGACCUGACCAAUCGGGCAAGUCGACGUCGUUUGCCGCCGACGCAGACGCGCUUGCGACGUGGGACGCUCGCAUUCUAUCGUACGACCUUCGACGGGUCACCAAUGCGACGGUGACACCAGCCACGCUCGUGCCACCGCCGCGCCCAUCAACGCCACCCACCCCAACAUCGACCGACGAAGCGACCAACUACACGACCAUCAUCCUUGUGUGCACGGCCGCCGUCGUCGUUCUUGUCGGUCUCGUCGGUCUCUGCCUCUUGCGCCGCAUCAAAGCUGCCAAAUCCAAAGGCACGUCGACCUCCCAGGGUACCACAUCGCGUCACAGCCAGGGCGAGAGUGCGUCAUUGGCGCUCUCGUUUGACGCGAUUUACAAGCUCGCGUUGGACGGCUCGCUUUUGUCGCUCGAGCAACUCAUUGGCUGUGGCGCGUACGCUGAAGUGUGGCGAGCCUCGUUCCAGUCGCAACCCGUCGCGGUCAAGACGCUCCUCUCCAACCGCGCGACAAACCAAGGCAUUCAAGAUUUUGUGCACGAGAUUGCACUUAUGGCCAGCUUUGACUCGCCUUACAUUGUUCGUGUCCUCGGUGCGACGUGGCAUCGCCCGUCGGACCUCAAAUGCAUCAUGGAACUCAUGAACCUCGGCGACCUCAAAGACUACUUGGUGCACCAUUCACCCAGCUCGUAUCCGUGGAGCCAGAAACUCGCUGCGAUCCAAGCGAUUGCCAAUGCACUGGUGUACUUGCAUUCGCUCAACAUUAUUCAUCGUGAUCUCAAGUCCCGAAAUGUGCUUCUCGACUCGAAAAAAGGCACCAAAAUCGUUGAUUUUGGGGUCUCGCGCGAAGACACGCACGCGACCAUGACCACGGGCGUCGGUACCUUUCGAUGGAUGGCCCCCGAGGUGCUCCAAGACAGCUACUACAGCGUCGCCGCCGACAUUUACUCGUUUGGGAUGGUGCUCUCAGAAUUUGACGCGCACCACAUUCCGUACCAGAAUGUGAAAAAUACCAAAACAGGCCUCCCGCUGGUCGACACGGCCAUCAUCGGAGCCGUUCUCAACGGUGCGCUGCGGCCCGAGUUUUCGACGUCAUGCCCCGCGUCCAUCCGAGACCUUGCGCUCAUGUGCUUGGCCCACGACGCGGCCAAUCGCCCCACCGCCUACGAAAUCGCAGUCAGGCUCAAAGAGAUCCAGUUGUAGACCAAACGACGACGACUAAUAUUAUUACUUUCUAUUUGGCCAG